UCAGGCACUUUAGAGGCAGGAAAGCCUGAAGUACGUCCGCUGCCGACCGUCAGACGGAGAGAGGAGUUAGAUAGCCGUGUUUUCUCUGUACCUGCUCAACAUGUUUAAAGUUGCUUCCUCUCUAAGUGGCCGCUGUGCAGCCUUGACAGGACAGUCCUGCUGUCGGCCCGCGACAGUUAGACUCCACUUGGCAAGUGGUGUAUUAUAUCAGAAAUCAGCCUUCAAACACCCUCCCACAGACAUCCCAGACAUGCCCCCCUGCCAUUUCAAACCAGACGAGUACACGGGUAUGUCCAAAGAGCAGAUGAUGAAGAUCCGCAAACAGAAUUGCAACCCCAUGAUCAUGAAGGUUACCUACUAUAAGAAACCGGUGUUCAUCCACCAGGGAUACAUGCAGUGGCUGUGGGAUGUGGACGGGAAGCGAUAUCUGGAUCUAUUUGCUGGAGUGGCGACUGUCAGUGUGGGCCACUGCCACCCGAAGGUGACAGCAGCCGCGGUGCAGCAGUUGAAGAGAUUGUGGCACACUACAAACAUCUACGCCUAUCCUACUCUACAUGAGUACUGUGAGAAACUAGCCUCCUACUUACCAGAUCCUCUUAAGGUAAUAUAUCUGACCAACAGUGGCUCAGAAGCCAAUGACCUGGCUAUGCUGAUGGCUCGACUCUACACAGGCAACUAUGACAUCAUCACUUUCAGAGGAUCAUACCACGGCGGCAGCCCGCAGACUAUGGGUCUUACUUCCAAUGCAGCGUAUAAAUACCCCAUUGCCAAUGGUUUAGGCUGCACGAAUACCAUGUGUCCUGAUGUGUUCAGAGGUCUGUGGGGAGGAAGCCACUGCAGGGACUCUCCUGUGCAGACCAUCAGAGAGUGUAGCUGUGCCCAAGGUCAUUGCAUGGCAAAUGAACAAUACAUCGGACAGCUCAAAGAGACGUUUGCUACCAGUGUCCCCAGUCGCAUUGCUGCUUUUUUUGGAGAGCCGAUUCAGGGAGUUGGAGGAGCUGUGCAGUACCCUAAAAACUACCUCAAGGAGGCUUACAAACUUGUAAGAGAGAGAGGAGGGGUCUGCAUUGCCGAUGAGGUCCAAACAGGAUUUGGGCGAACAGGAAGCCACUUCUGGGGUUUCCAAGGUCAUGACGUCAUUCCUGAUAUGGUCACAAUGGCGAAGGGCAUCGGUAAUGGAUUCCCAAUGGGAGCUGUUGUUACAACACCAGAAAUUGCAGCCUCUUUUGCGAAGGGAGUUCACUUCAACACCUUUGGAGGAAAUCCUGUGGCUUGUGCCGUUGCUUCAUCAGUGCUUGACACUAUCAAAGAAGACGGUGCUCAACAGGUCAGUCUCAAUGUGGGCACCUAUCUGAUGACCCAACUGGCAAAACUCAGAGACAAGUACGAGAUUAUCGGUGACGUUCGUGGAAAGGGUCUGCAGAUCGGUGUGGAAAUGGUCAAAGACAAGGCCAGCCGGGAGCCGCUGCCUCCUGAGGCAAUGAGUGAGAUCUUUGAGGAUGUCAAAGACAUGGGGAUCCUGAUAGGGAAAGGAGGAGUCUACGGACAGACCUUCCGCAUCAAACCGCCAAUGUGCAUCACAAUGGAAGACGCCGAUUUCUUCUUGGCAGUUUUUAACAAGUCCAUCCACAACUACAUGGAAAAAAGAUGAAAGUCACAUAUAAGUUCACUGGAUCACUUUAUGCCAAGGACCAAAUCUGGAAAAGCUCUCAGUUGCGAAUUGCAUUUUGUACAUCAUUUAAUAUGUUAAAUCAAUCAUUUUGACCUUCUGAUGAAGACUACCUCUGUUAUUGCCUUCGCAUAACAAUUGUAAAAGGGCACUUUUGAAACUAUGUUUACUGUAUUGUAAUCAGAAGUCUUAAUCCACUUAACAUACCUUACUAGUUAAAUGAGAAAAUAAUCUUGUUAACUGCCUUUUUAACAACGGACAUGAAAUUCAUUUUGCUUGUUUUGGAUCUGUUGAAUCGUGCUUGAAUAUACCGUAUGAUUGGAAUUUCUGAAUACAUGAUUUGUUGCAGAUUAUAGAUGUGAAUGUAUUCGUAUUAAAUGGAGCUUGAUGAACA